AUAAUUAAAAAGUACUGUAUCAUUUUAUUGCAUGUGUAAUGAAUUUGAUUGAACAAAAAGUCGUACACAAUAAUAUAAUUAAAUUUAUAAUUGAUAGUAAAUUAUUGAAGAGUAUGUGAUACUUUAAAUAUCCAUUGUGUAUACAAUAAAAUAUUAUAAUGUACUCGUUCGAGGGCGAUUUUAGGCGGAAGCCACAACAGAAUCUAGCAGGUGCCAGUGCUCAACGCAAAACAGAUAGAGAAACUCUUAUUCUUCAGUCACAACAACAAAGACAAAAGCGUGAGGAACACAGAAAACGACUACACAGUACUAUAAAAAUUCAAGCCUAUGUACGUAGUUACCUUACAAGAAAACAUUUCAAGCAAAAUGAAAGAGAAGAGUUUGAUUGUAUCUUUUCAAAAGUAAACAAUGAUGAUCAAACUUUGAUAACAUUACUCCUAGCAAAGAUACUUUUCUUUUAUGAUGACAAAAAGGAUUGUGCAAGAUUGGUUUCUAUUUCACAACUGUUGCUGAAGCAAAGAAAUAGGCUUUUACAAAAUUUGGAAUCAUUAGUACAAAUAAGAAGACUUCUGGCAUUACACCUACGUUUGUUAAGAGAUGAUAGUGAGGUGCCUUUAGCUGUACCACUUAGGAUGUUUGAAGUAUUUACAUCAGUAAGUUCUACUGAAACAUCCACGAGUUGUGAUGAGGCUGUUAAAAAUAUAGGAGCAACGUUUUUGUAUUUAAUAAAGAGGGGCUAUUUUAAAGAUUUAAGACAGCUACUAUGUCAGAAAACACCACCACUGUAUGGACCAUCACCAAACCCACCAACACCACUGUGUGGAGCUUUACUAGAUCUAAUACAAAGGCCAUUAAAUUUGACUAGUCACGUCAAUUUACCUCAGUAUGAUGACAUGGUUAUGACGGAAUUUGCAGCAUCAUUUCUUUGUAAUCCAUAUCCUGAACCGGUAGAAAUGUACAUGUUACCUGCGUUAACACAGGACACCAGUAAAAGAUUUCCAUUUUUACAACUGCUCUGGUGUUUAAAUGAAGAUAAGUUUAGAUCAAGAAGACUGCUGAAUGACUCAUGGUUACUGCAUUCAAUUUUGACAUUAGAACCACCGGGAUUUGCUAAUGAUAUACGUCAAAUAGAUAACUCAAGACUGCCACAUAAUCGAAUCAUCAUAGAAUAUUUUAAAAUAAUAGCCAAAUUAACAGUGAAUGUAUGCAAUAAGCAAAUAACUUAUGAUUAUGAGGACUCCCUGUACAGUCAGGAAACUGCAGCUGAUAAUGAUGACGAUAGUGAUAGCGACAACGAACCGAACCCAACAUCAGUCAGAGAACAAAUGCUGCUCACGAGAUGCAUAGAAAUAUUGAACGAACCUGACCGUUGUGUAUUGACGACAUGUUCACAGAUAACAGAGUGCGAUUUGAGUGAUGAGUUUCUUGACAGCAUGUCAAAAAUAUGCCAUAAUUUACUAUUGAGUCAUAGGAUGGCGUUACACAAGUAUAGGUUACUUUACACUUUAGCAUUUAAGCCGAUAUUCCUUCGUGGACUGUGGCAGUGGUUAAGCAGUAUGAGCCACGAAUCUUCAUUCGGUGGCUCAGCAACACCAUUGCUCUCAGCGCUGUCAAGGGGAAUGGGUUCUGAAACAUCAGUCAUCGGGGUACAUAGGCUAUUGGCCCCAUUAGCCGUGUUUUGUGCACUGUUUUCACUUUUGAUUGGCACAUUACAUGAUACGGAAUUCUUUAAGGAUACCGAUGGAGAAGAAAAAAUGAUUAUUUCAGAAUCAUGCAAUUCAAGCACGACAGUUGUGGGGCGUAUUCACGCAUUUGACUUCUCAGAACUAGGUGGCCUUUGUCGGACUCUAAAACAUGUGUGUCUCGGCUUAGUAGAGCUAGCGUAUCCAGAAUCCAGGCCAUCCAUCUUUGGACAGUAUAAAGACGCGGUCGGUGGUAGUCACGAGCUCAAUGAGAGAAAUCAGACGCCAGCAUGGGCUCACUUGUUUAAGGUUUGUACGCAGCUGCUGCGAGCGCUGUACGCACGCGACGCGCGGCUGCAGUUCUGCGGCGCGGCGGGCGCGGGGAGCGGGAGCGGCGGCGCGGCGAGCGCGUGGAUCGCGUCGGGCGCGGGCGUGCCGGGCGACGGCGCGGAGGCGGCGCUGGUGGCCGCGCGCGCGCCGCGCUCCGCGCGCCCCUACCGCGCCGCCGUGCCGCGCCUCACCGGCGACCAGGAUGAAGGUCCACCUUUAACCAUCAAAGAACUUAGGACGGUCACAAUUUUGAGAGAAAUUCCGUUCGUCGUACCAUUCUCGACACGAGUUCUAAUAUUCCAAGGUCUUUUGAUGAGGGAAAAGCAAGAUCACUGGUACGAGAUGACCAAUUUUAACGAAGGUCCUUCAAUAAUAAUCAGUGUCCGGCGUACUCAUUUAUAUGAAGAUGCUUUUGACAAACUCAGUCCUGAUAAUGAACCAGAUCUGAAACUUAAACUUCGGGUACAGUUGAUAAAUCAAGCGGGCGCGGAAGAACCCGGCGUUGAUGGAGGUGGACUUUUCAGAGAAUUUCUUUCAGAACUAUUGAAGUCCGCAUUCGAUCCCAACCGCGGUCUCUUCAGGUUGACGAAGGACAACAUGCUGUAUCCCAAUCCUGGAGUUCACCUGUUGUAUGAUGACUUUCCGAUGCACUACUUUUUUGUCGGAAGAAUGCUGGGAAAGGCGCUGUACGAAAACCUCCUCGUGGAGUUGCCGCUGGCGGAGUUCUUCCUGGCGAAGCUGUGCUCCACGCGCGAGCCGGACGUGCACGCGCUGGCGUCGCUGGACCCCGGCCUGUACCGCGGCCUGCUGCUGCUCAAGUCGCACCGCCGCGCCGACGUGCCCGACCUCGGCCUCGACUUCACCAUCGUCAGCGACGAGCUCGGCGAGCAGCGGAUCGAAGAGCUGAAGCCGGGCGGCGCGAACAUUCCUGUAACGGCAGAAAAUAGAAUCGAAUACAUUCAUCUUGUUGCUGAUUACAAAUUAAAUAGGCAAAUAAGGUCGCAAUGCAACGCAUUCAAGCGCGGGCUAACGUCCGUGGUGAAUGCGGAGUGGCUGCGGAUGUUUUCCUGCAGGGAGUUGCAGCUGUUAAUAUCUGGAGCCGAAGUUCCCAUUGAUCUUGACGAUCUUAGAAGGAACACGCAAUACGGAGGUGGUUUCACGGCGACGCACCCGACAGUGCAAUGCUUCUGGAAGGUUGUGGAGAACUUCACAGACGACCAACGACGGCAGUUACUGAAGUUCGUCACGAGUUGUUCCAGACCGCCUCUCUUAGGUUUUAAGGACCUGCAGCCACCCUUCUGCAUCCAAUCCGCGGGAGCGGCUGAUCGCCUCCCUUCUUCUUCCACCUGCAUGAACCUGCUGAAGAUCCCCGAGUACCAUGCCGAGGAAUUGCUGGCAGAGAAGCUGCUGUACGCAAUCCAGGCGGGCGCCGGUUUCGAACUUAGUUAACUUGGUGAUCUGUGCGGCAGACUAGAUGAGACUCAACUAGUGUAGUAUCGGUUUUUACAUGGAACUAUUAUUUUCGUGGUCGUACCUACUAUACACUAUUUAUACCGAUCGUUAAUCUCAAUGUGAUAAAACUCCUUUCGUAGUUGUAAAUAAAUGUUACUGUCAUUUGGUUUAUGUACUUUUAUUUAUUUUUAGAGGCAAAUAUUUCUCAAAUAAAUUGUAAAAAUGUUUUCCGAUUUUUUUAUGAAAUACUCAAAAGUACUAAGAGUAGAAACAUUCGAGUUAUUGAUGUGAUGUGUGUUGUAAAUAGUACCUAAAUCUGGGUAAGAUUAACUUAUAGCUGUAAUGUUAAAUUAUAUGUGAUGGGUAUAUCAUUUGAAAAUAGAAAUCUCGGUGUUCAUAUUUACGUUUGUGAUUUUAUUUCAAAGUUUACAUCUGAAAGUGUCAAAUAAAUUUUUUUAAACCAU